AUGCUUUCACCACAGGAUGAAGUCUCAUGGAUUGAAUGGAAAAAAGCGUUAUAUGAUACACUUGUUGCAUCACAACAACAUUUAACUGUUAGUGAAAAAGCAUCAAAAAUUUAUGGAGCUGAUGUAAGUAGUUCAACAUCUACAAGUAAUAAUUCAAAUCAACAAACAAAUAAUGCAAAUCAUCAUAAUAUGACAUCAUCUGGUGGAAAUCUUAGUGCAAUGAAGAAAAAUAAUAUUGCUGCAGCUGCACUACAAGACUAA